UGACAUUGUUUGUUUUCAUAUUACAUUAUUCAUAACCUCUGAAAACUUUUCAAACAAAAUUUACAGUGCCAUUAAAAAUGGCCACAAUUUCACAAAAUAGCAACUUCAACUGGAUGUCUCUGGCGAAAAUAUUCUUAAAUGGGGUAAAGCAAAAGCAGCCUGCCCCUAAAAAAAUGCGAUCCACAACCUCUCGACAAAAAUCACAGUCUUUCAGAAAAAUGUCAAGAAAAAUCAAUACUAACAAUGUAUCAAACUGUGACUUACACGAGGAACAAAUGGCUGUAAUAUCACGUUUCGAGACGUUACGUAAACAGUUGCUGCAUCAGCUUCUUGUGUAUCAAAAAGAGUUAUUAGCGCUGAAGAUGCCAGUUCUUCCGAGUAAGUCAGUGCUUCAACCAGGUUUGCAAAGUAAGCAAAAACAAAAAUCCAACCUUAAACAAAUGCAAAUUUAUCCAAGAAAGAAAUACACUAAGAUUGAAUGUAAGAAAUGUGAGAAAACCUUUGAGGUUAAUUCUUUGUACAGCAGACAAAACCAACUAAGUAAAAAACUUGUUAAUCAACAGUUUAAAUCUAAAGGGAGACAACCCCCGUUAUUAAGAAGAGAAAAGCCUGCUAGUAUUUCAGUGCCAACUGUAGAUACUAAUGACACUAAAAUCAUAAACAAAUUGAAUUGUCGCAUAGGGAAAAGUAAUCCAACAAACUAUGUCUCAAAAAUUCACAAAUAUAUCAGUGAAAAUACCUACAACAACACUUCCUCUGGAGGACGGAAUUUUACUCAUAGGCCUAGUAGGGAAAAGCCUUUCACAUCAGCAUCUAAUGUAAUCUACAAAGGCGAUAAAUUAAAAUAUAACAAAGAUUUUCAUCAUCGAUAUACUAGAAAUAUUCACAAAUUAAAUGAGGGAAAUACAAAAAGUGGAUUUAGUAAAACUGUAAAUCUUAAUUCUUUUGCCUAAAAUAAGGCACGUUUCCAGUAAUCAAUAUCUUGAAAACAAAUAGUGGCUUCAACAUACAAGGAUUAAAAUUACUUUUCAUGAAAUGUUUAAAAAGACUAAAAUAUUUUACGUUUUAAUUAUUAAUUUUAAUGCUAUGCCAAUGUGGAACUAUGUAAUGACUGAGAAUACAUAGCACACCUUUUAAAGUUC